UUUCGAUUCCCUGUAUAUUUUUUACUCCACUUUGAAUUUAUUUUCGUGUUGUGAAAAAAUUCUUUGGAUGGGACAUAGAAUAGAUAGGGUCCUAAAACCAAUGCUAAAACCAUUUUUAAAAUCGAGUCGCUAUCGACUGUGCAGCCCAAUUUGGGUAAUUUUUACCCCACCUUUGAUGACGGACAAUCAACGUCUAGUUGAUUGUCUUUUCCAUAUUUUGAUGUUGAUUAAAAAAAUUUUUUGGGGAGUCACUCCAUGAUUGUAGAGUCACCCCAUAAUUUAUCAAUUUGUUGAGAUUCUCCCUUUUAAUUUUUUAAAUAAAUUUUUUUAGAAAAUUUUUUAAAGCAAAUGAACAAUCUACAAAAUUAUUUUAAUUUAUAUAUUCGCCCUAAUUUGGAAGCAAACCCUUUCUUCAAAUAUGUGAUACUAGUUUUUUCAUUUCUUUAUUCAAACCAAUUUCUGAUUUGUUGAUUCUCGUGCCUAGCACUCUUUUUCAUCUUCACCUGUGGCGGUUAAUUACAAAUUUGUUUGUGGAGAGAAAUUUGAUAGUUCUUCUCUGGUCAUUCUAUUGUUUUUACCAAUUUAUUUUAUAUAUUCAACCCAAUUGGUCUGUCAAAGAAUCGCUCAAAUUUAUUGUGAUUGUGCAGGUUUAAUUUUCUAUUUUUUCCACCUAGUAAUUGGACCAUCUCGCUUAAUUUUCAACCAAUUUUUUCUUCGUUUCCACUUCCAUUUAUCUGAUAUCCGUGCUUUAUGUAGCUCAUUUAGGUUUACCAGUUGUAGAAAUUUUUCUGUUAACCGAAACCCAAACCAAAAUUUUUGUUCCUAUCCUAAA